AGAGAGAUAGAGAGAUAGAGAAAGAGAGAAAGAGAGCGACCUUUUAAAAUGACACUGCCACCAUCACAAUCACCACCAUCACCACCACCACCGCCACCACCACGACCUUCAUCACCACCACCACUACCACCACCAUCACUGCAGCACGCCACCACCUGAAGAUAACUACUACUACUACUACUACUACUACUACUAUUAUUGAAUGUGACUCGUAAUUUGAAAUCGAAAUACCACCACCACCACUACCACCACUACUACCACCACUACUACUACUACUACUACUACUACUACUACUACUACUACUACUACUACUACUACUACUACUGCUACAAAGGAAGAAAGUUAACCAGGAUAAAAAAAGACGAAAGGAAAUAUUGCUUAAAGAAAUAUUGGUCGUUAUCUUUACAAACAAACUUAGAGACUCGACCGCCUUCUGGAGUUUGUUUUCUUGUAUUAUAGAAAGGAAAACAAAGACGAAGAGAGCGAGAGGAGAAGGAUCUACAUACGUUUAAAAGGAGAAAGAAGGAAGAAGGAGAAGAGAGGAGAGAAGGUCAGUUAAGUAAGUAGAAAGGAAGGAGAAAAAAGAAGGAAAGAGGGGAGAGAAGGUCAGUUAAGUAAGUAGAAAGGAAGGAGAAAAAGAAGAAGAAGGGAAAAGCAAGGCAGUUAAUAAGAGGGAAGAAAGGAGAAAGAAGAAGAAGGAGAAAAGAUAAAAGAAGGAGAUAUAGUAAGAAGAAAGAAGAAGAAGAAGGAGAAGGGAGAAGAGAAAGCCAUUAAGAAGAAAGGAAGGAGAAAGAAGAAAAGAGGAGAGUAAAACAGUUAAUAAGAAGAGAAGAAGGAUUAAAAAAAGAAGAGAAAUCGUAGUAGUUAAAGGAAACAGUUGGAAAGAAGAGAAAAGAAGAAGGGAAGAAGAGAAAGAGGGGUAAAGAAAACAGUUGAAAAAGAAAAAAAAAGAGAAAGGGGAAGAGAAAGAAGAGUUAGGAGGACGUAUUGAAGAGGAGUCGUAAAAAAAAAACAGUUGGAAAAAAGGAGAAAGGAAGAGAAAAGUAAGAUUGUUUUUAUUGUUUUAAGGAGAGGACGUCAGGGAAAAGAUUGGUGUCCUGACGCGAGAGGGAAAAAAGUUAAAGAAAGGAAGAAAAGUUAAGGAAAAGACUGUAGAGGAAAAGAAAGUUUGCAGAAGAAGAAAAAAAACAGACGAAUAUUGAAGGCAAAGUUUGAUGUUUUGAAGAAAGAAAAUAGAAAAAGAAAAGUUACCAAUAAGCAUAAAAGGAAAAAGGUUAGAGAGAGAAAAGAAGAUAAUAUAGAAAAUGGGAAAAUAGAACGUUAAGAAAGAAACAGAGAAAGAAAAGGAAAAGGAAUUAGAAAGAACUUAAGAAAAUUUGAAAGGAAAAAAACGAAGAAAAUAAAAGAAGAAAAAAAUGUUCUGAAGAAAGGUAGAAAAGGGAAUAAAGAGAAAAAACACGAGAUAAAGACGAAAUAAAGAAAAAGAAGCGAAGGGAGGAAAUAGAAGGAAAAGAAAGAAAGAAAAGAAGAAAACAAAAACAAAGAAACGAAAAGACUUGAAAAAGGGAGACAAUAAGGAAAACAAAUAAGGAAAAAAAGGAAAAUAAAUAAAAAAGAAAAGGAGAGAAAGAAAAAAAUGGAAAACAGGAAAAUAAAUUAGGAAAAAAGAGGAAAACAAAUAAAAAAGAAAAGAAAAAGAGUAAAUUGGAAAAGAGAAAAAUACAGGUGUAAAGGAAAACAACAAAGAAAAUAUCACUAAAAAAAGGAAAAGAAAAGAGGAGAGAGAGAGAGAAGAAAGGUAGAACGAGACAGAGAAAAGGAAAGAAAAAUAGAAAUAUCUGAAAAAAGACAAAGAAGAAAAAGAAGAAAAAGAGGAAAAAGAAGGAAAGAUAAAAAAAGCUUCAGUGGUCGGUGGCUCGGUACACUUAGUCUCCUCCUCCUCCUCCUCCUCCUCCUCCUCCUCCUGCGGUCAUCGUCGUCAGCUCUUCUCUCAGGCGUGUCGUGAGAGAUGGCAGCUCUUCCGAUGUGGUGGGGGCGUCGAACCCUCUCCAGCCCUCACCACCUCCUCCACCUCCUCCAUCUCCUGCUCUUUCAUCUCAGCCUCGCCCGGGGUAGCGUCAACGAGGGGCCGCUGGAAUUCGAGGAUAUCAUGCCGGACAACCCCAGGGACUAUGAUAAGAUGGCUCCUCCGAAGGGCGGCGAUGAUCCCACCACGGUGCUCGUCCACGUCACCGUCAUGAGCCUGGACAGCAUCGACGAGAGCUCCAUGACGUACGCCGCGGAUAUCUUCUUCGCCCAGAGCUGGAAGGACUGGCGGCUUCGCUUGCCCGACAACAUGACCCACGAAUACCGCCUGCUGCCCGUGGCCUGGCUAAAGGACAUUUGGCGGCCGGACAGUUUCUUCAAGAACGCCAAGGCUGUCACAUUCCAGGAGAUGACCAUUCCCAACCACUACCUUUGGCUCUACCAGGACAACACGAUCCUCUAUAUGGUUAAGCUCACGCUGGUUCUGUCCUGCGCCAUGAACUUCCAGCUGUACCCUCACGACACCCAGGAGUGCCACAUGAAGAUAGAAAGCCUCUCGCACACCACGGACGACCUGGUCUUCAUCUGGGAGCCUGAAGUUCCUCUUGUGGUGGACAGGAACAUCGAACUCCCUCAACUCGACCUUGUUAAGAAGUUCACCGGUGAUUGUACACAAGUCUACUCCACAGGUAACUUCACGUGCCUGGAGAUUGUUUUCACCUUCAAGCGUCGUCUGGGGUACUACCUGUUCCACACGUACAUCCCAACCUGCCUCAUCGUCAUCAUGUCCUGGAUCAGCUUCUGGAUACGCCCCGAGGCAGUCCCCGCGCGGGUGACACUCGGGGUGACCUCACUCCUCACGCUGUCAACCCAACACGCUAACUCACAGAAGUCUCUCCCGCCAGUAUCGUACAUAAAGGCCAUCGACGUCUUCAUGUCCUCCUGCACCGUCUUCGUGUUCUUCUCGCUGAUGGAGUACGCGCUGGUCAACGUGGUGCUCGGCGACGUGCCCGAAGAACCCGACCCAAUGAGGAGAGUUCGACCGCGCACCGUCCUGCACGUGACGCCCCACCAGGACACCAAGAUGGGGGAGUGUCCGGGGCCCGAGGAGUCACCCGUUCUGGGGGGCGGCAAGGAGGGGGGCGGCGCUCUCCCUCCCCCGCUACACCCAAAACGCCGCGCUGCCUCGUCCCCCGCCCUGCACCGACGUAGCAAUGGGAGGAAGCCGGGGUGUCAGACGGAGUUCGACAGCAUCAACACCAUCGCUUCCCCUUCCUCGGCCGCCCCCGCCAAUGGAAUGUCGCCCUUGGAGAUGCUGGGCCAGGGUUCGUGCCCCGCUCACCUGCCCAGCCCUCAGCACCUGAUCAACGGGCCCAUGUUCAGCGGGGUUCAGCACUCAGCACUCCCCCAUUCCACUCUGCAGCACACUGUGAAUUUUGGUCUUCCUCCACCGCCGCCGCCGCCGCCUCUGGGCCCGGUGAAGAAGCAGAAUCAUCGAAGGCGUCGGGAGCGGGCCAUCCUCAUCGACAGGGUAUCUCGCAUCCUCUUCCCAACCUCCUUCACCGUCCUCAACGUCAUCUACUGGAGCGUCUUCGUCAUCGAGUGGUUCUAGGCGCCCCCGGAGAGAUGGCAACACUGCUCUUCUGCGAGGGAUGACUCAACUAGAUUAGCUUGUGUUUAUAAGUAGAGAGAAGGGAGAGAGGGGAAGGAGAGGGAGAGAUGAUAAGGGUGAUGGAAAGAGAGGGAGGUUGUAUUGAGAAGAAGGGAGACACGGGGAGAGAUAGAAGAUAAAAGGAGAGGGAGAUUGUUUUAUAUAUGGAAAGAAAGAGAAAGAGGGAGGGAAGUUGAGGGAGAAAUGGAUAAGGAGGUAGAAAAAGAGGAGAAGGAGAAGGAGAGACGGAAAGGUUUAAGCAACGAGAGGGAGAUUGUGUUUUUUAUAUAGAAAGAGAGAGAAAGCGAGAUGGAGAAUGAGGGAGAGAAAGAAAGGGAGGGAAGGAGAGGGAGAAAUGGAAAAGGAGAUAGAA